CCCCUUUAAGGUCGAUCUUAACCUCACGAGUCAAAAAGUGUUUUAGUCAGAGACUAAGAUUGACCUGUUUGGGCGGGGGAGCAAACCCACGGAGCAGUUGUGCGACUUCACCGUGAGACAGGUGACAGGCUGAACACCGUUCACAUUUGAAUCACACUGACCCAUGGCGGAAACGAGCCACUCGAGUAAGAAAAUCUAUACCGAGUGUAAACAUCAUUAACGCCUCCUAAUCUCUGAGGUGGCGUCACCAACAGGAUAGCAAUUCGUCGCCCAGCAAGUCCAGCAGCAGCUCCCUUCCUGCCGAGGCUCGUCUCCAUCCUGCUGGACCCGUGGCAAAGAUCACGACAAACCUUCCCCACGGAGAGGAAGGAAAAACACAUCUGAGUUGCUUAACUUCCACUGAGGUAUAAAAGCGCUGACCGACUCUCGGGUCGGCAGCCGAGGCAGCAUCUUUCUUCGGAGUGAACGUCCCAUCCCAUCCUCACAGAUGUCCAGGAAAGUAAUUUUGGUCUUUGCGCUGUUGGUGGCGUUGAUCGCCUCUGACUCUGCGGCCUCGCCUCAGAGCGCCGCGGCCGGACAGGCGAAGGGGGCGGACGUCUUGCAGCGGCUCCUGGCCAAGAGGGAGAAAGCGAGGGAGGCGUCGGCGCCCCGGGCGGAGAGACGGGCGCACCUGUCUGAAGACGAGCGGGAGAUAAUGACCAAGCAGGUCAUGCAAGCCAUCGCAGAGGUGAUGAACUCGGACUGCAUGGCGGGCCGAGACUACCAGGGCUGGGUGGACUUCGGACGCAGGGACGCGGAGGACUGAGGAAGGACAGCGACUCGGUCCUGGUUUUUCUUCACGGUGUACAGAAAAGUUGAGGCUUG